AUGCGUGAACAAAUUGUGCGGGUUAAGGGAACAGAGCAAGUGCCCAUUCUCCUUGUUGGAAACAAAUGCGACCUGCAACACCAACGGCAAGUGAGGACAGACGAAGGUAUUGCUCUUGCUGAGUAUUGGUCAUGUCCUUUCACGGAAUGUUCUGCAAAGAAUAAUCACAACGUGAAUGUCACCUUUGCUGAAAUCGUCCGCGAGAUGAACUAUGUACAAAAUAAAGCCCGAGAAAAUAAAGGUUGCUGCUCGAUCAUGUGA